AUGGCGGCCGCGGGUCCAAGUACUCGGGCCUCUUCCGCGGCGGCGGCGGCCGCUCUGAGUCGGCGGGGCCGGCGGGGCCGCUGCGACGAGAUGGCGGCCACGAAGACCGGCGCCUCAGGCCCGGCCUCGGGCUCCGCGCUGCUGGUGCUGCCGUCGCCGUUGCUGCAGCCGCCGCCCGCGCCGCGGCCGGAGGAGUCGGGCUGCGCCGGGUGCCUGGAGACCCCGGGGGAAGCCGCGGCCCUGCCGUGCGGCCACUCGCUGUGCCGAGGCUGCGCCCAGCGCGCCGCCGACGCGGCAGGCCCGGGCUGCCCGCGCUGCCGCGCCCGCGGCCCGGGGUGGGCCCGCCGUCGGGCCCGCGACGACGGCCAGGCCGACGCGGAGGUGCCGGGCGAGCGCGCCCGCCGCGGCCAGCCGGAGCGCUGCCGCCCGCGCCGGGACGGGGGCGCGGCCGCCGCGGGGCCCAGGCCGGAGCAGGAGCCGCGCGCCGCGCCCGCGGAACCAGAGUUUAUAUUUAGAGCACCAAUCAAAUUAAGCAAGCCUGGGGAACUUCGUGAGGAAUAUGAAAGCCUGAGAAAGCUGAGAGAAGAAAAGUUACAAGAGGAGAAAACCUCUGAAGAUCACACCCACAAGUUGUUACCAGAGGACACAGAAACAGGGAAAAGGAAAAUGGAUGAACAGAAAAAGAGAGAUGAGCCGUUAAUACUGAAAACAAACCUGGAGCAUUGUCCUGCACGUCUCUCAGAUUCUGAGAAUGAAGAACCUUCCCAAGGCAAGAUGACACAGACCCAUCGAUCUGCAUUUGUUUCCAAGAACAGCUCCUACUCCUUAGCUUUCCUGGCAGGGAAUCUAAAUUCCAAGGUGGAGAGGAGUCAGAGCUGCAGUGACACUGCACAGGACAGAGCGAAAAGCAGACUCAGAGCAGCACCAACGAGCAAAGUCAAGGUCACAACUAUGACCCCAGCUUCCAACCCCAUCAUUGGUGUUCUGUUAUCCACUCAGAACAACCGCUGCCUCUCAGCUCCUGACUUAACCAUUGAAAAGCGUCUACCCUUCAGCUCUCUCUCAUCAUUGGCUUCCCUGCACAAGCCAGAGCGCUCCAUCAGCCCUGAGAGCAAUGACAGCAUCUCUGAAGAGUUAAACCAUUUUAAACCUAUUGUUUGCUCGCCAUGUACUCCUCCUAAGAGACUUCCUGAUGGCCGUGUGCUCAGUCCCCUGAUCAUCAAAUCAACACCCCGCAACCUAAACAGAAGCCUGCAAAAGCAGACUUCUUAUGAGGCCAGUCCAAGGAUCCUCAAAAAGUGGGAACAGAUCUUUCAGGAGCGACAGAUCAAAAAGACCCUUUCAAAAGCCACUCUCACCUCUCUGGCUCCAGAAACAGGGGAAGACUUACUAGUCUCUGAAGUUAUCCAUUCUAGCAAGGAGAAACCACUUGUGGCUUUAAAUACAAGACUGUCCAGUGGGCAGUUGCUCUCUGAGUAUACCAGACCCACUCCCACUGACCUUGAUUAUUUCCCCUCUGUUAGCCAAAUAAAAGCAGGACAGGGCAGUGAUAGUAAAAGAAGCAGUGAGAUUCCAUUGGAAACCUGCUGUUCUUCAGAAGUCAAAGGGGGAGCCAGUGGGACAUCUUUGGAAAGAGAACAGUUUGAAGGGUCAGGGUCAACUGCAGAUGCCAACUUAGACAAAAUCUGUGUCAGCGCUGCGGUGAAAAUCUCCGCAGUUAAUUCAGUGCUACCCAAAAACAGUGUUUUGGGUGGGGUCCUGAAAACAAAGAAACAGCUGAAGACAGUAAAUCAUUUUGAUCUGCCUAAUGGUGUUCUUGCAGACAACCGAGGUGAGGAGCCACUUCCUUCCUUGCGUCGGGGCCGGAAAAGACACUGUAAGACUAAGCACUUGGAACAAAAUGGCUCCCUUAAGAAACUGCGACAAAGCAGUGGUGAGGUAGGUCUGGCCCCAGCAGACCCAGUACUGCGAGAGAUGGAGCAGAAACUGCAGCAGGAGGAAGAAGACCGACAGCUGGCUCUGCAAUUGCAGCGCAUGUUUGACAACGAGAGGCGGACUGUGAGUCGGCGAAAAGGAAGUGUGGAUCAGUAUCUCUUACGGUCCAGCAACAUGGCGGGAGCCAAGUAGCACCUAACGAAUAGUGUUACCUAUUUUUAAGAGGUCUUUGGACUUGAUCAUUUUUCCUGAAGAGCUGAGUGUUCUCACUUUCGGUUUCUUUUAAUGGCAAAACACUGUCUAAUGUGGUUCUGAGAGGUUCCAGGGCCUUGGUAGUAUGUAUCGAAGGGAACUACAUCUCUGCCUCCCUGAGACCCAGGCCAGAAGCACUCCUCACCUCCCAAGUGACCCACGCCUGUGGACUUCUGGGCCAAAUCUGACAGCACCCACUUGGAAUCAGAUUCAGGAGCACAGUGGUCAAAGUUAAAAAUGGUAGAGGAAAGAGGGGGUACCUUCCCAAAGUGAUAGGCCUCCUGACUUCUUUCAGUAGGACGGUGUUUUAAAUCAGCCUUGCAGAUAAAAAUUAGUUCUGUCUUUUUAAAGAAUUAGAACAGUACUUCUUUGGCAGAUCCAAAAAGAUAAGUUGUCAUGUUUCCCCCCCACCCUCCUUCCCCUGCCACAACUAAAUAUACCUAAUGAAAUCAGUUGAGGUAUGUUUCUACAAAAGUUAAUGUACAUUCCCUGUUUAAAAAUAACAUUUGAUUAAUGCUGUAUAAUUGAAAGACCACAUUCAUAGUCAUUGUUUAAUUUGGUCUUCCCAAGAGACCUAACAUGUAAGUGGCAUUAGACCCAUUUUAAGAUGAUGAAACUGCAGUGCAGAUGUUUAGGUUUUCACAGUUACUGAAUGGCAGAGCUGACCACUGGGUCUCCUGACAACAAAUCCCAUGGAUUUUCCACAUUAACAGGUUGCCAUAGUGGAUUGCAACUCAAGGGCAUGCCAGGAAAAGCUGAAUUGUGCAAAAUCCACAGGCAGAUAAAGAAGGUUGACUGAAAGUAUAUUCAAAUGCUGUGUACUUGUCCCCACCCCCACAGUUUACAACCUUCUGUUUCCCUAGUGGAUUCUACCCCUGUAGAUACUACAGAUGGACUUCAUUAUUACUCUCUGCUUGGCCAAGGGUUAUCUGCAAUGUUGAUCUAAAAUCCAAAAAGUUUGGCCAGAAGUCAGGCAAGCGCUGAAACUCCAUUCUAUGGAAACAAGGUAUCUAGCUGAAUGCAGCUAGUAAAUUCAGUCCCAUGGACCUUUGGGGUUUAUUUUCCAUAGUUGGUGACACCAUGUGUCUUUUGCAUCCCUGGUGGUGCUUGGUGCUUCUGCCCAUCUGGGCUCAUUGAGAAUAGGGAUUAAGAUAUGAUUGUAGGGACUCUCAGGUGGGCUGACAUUCCCUGUGCAUGUAUGAGCUGUUACUAUUAAGUCAUGGCAUUUUAACGAACCUUCCAAAGCUUAUAUAUCCCAGCGUAUCCUGUCCCCUUGAGUGGCCCCAGCAGAUUAUGCAUAGUUUUUCCAAUGAUGUUGCCAUUGGAAAAAACCUUUCUGGAACUGUGCUCGAAAGCCUAGAAAUAUCUAGAGAUGCAGGCUCCUAAAAUAUCAGAACUGUAAGGAAACUUACUGGUCAUCUGUUGCAACCUCCUCCCCUUCUUAAGGCAGAAACUAAGGUCCAGAACAGUAAUUCAAUGAUCAUGGUCAAUAGUGAUUUAUUAUAUCAUGUUUUGAGUCUUCUUGGUAGAAGACUCCCCCUUCCUUCUCUGGGUAAAUCUUCAGUCUUGGGAAUAAUCAUAGUGGAAAAAAUUUUAAGUUUGACAUUAGAAACUAUUUGAAGUCUCUCUAAGAGAAAGUGGUUAUCAAGAAGCAUGAAUGAGGGGCAGCUGUAAAGCAGUCAUCCUUGUACAGCUCAUAAACAGUCCCCAAAUAGAAGUUCCAGAGAUGUCUUAAGCAUUGUGGUUGUCAUGAGAUAUACGUGGAACCUCCUCAGUGACCACUUUGGUGGGGAGUGUCAUUCAUCUGAAUCUGUGUGUUCUGUGUUCCUAGUGUGUCUGUGUGCACAUGUGCAGAUGUGUGUUUUUAAAACAUACAUCAGUCUCUUUAUAUUCACACCAUUUCAGUUCUGUGUCCCACCAGCAACAUAUACCCUCGAAAGGCUGCUGCUGGAGGGCAUAUUAGUGCCCAAGAUAGAAAAGUUAGCAAUGGUCUACAAAGGACAGGGAGGUAACCUCAAGCCCUUAGCGAAAAUAUCCGCUACUGCCAUUUCAUAGUUCCUUUUUGAGCUUAGUAAAUAUUCUUGGAAGGCUAGUCUCAUCGGUAGUAGCAAAGACAUAUUUUUCCACUUGCCACCUUUUUCUAUGUCCCCAGUAAUUUGAAAAACACUUUUCAGUUGGAACUGAUUAUUUGGUUUUGGAAGAAAGAUAAAUAUUUUUAAUAAAGAUUAUAUAUUUUAAAUAUUUCCCCAAAGUAAUAAUUUCAUUUUAAGAAAUUGCAUAGCAGUAGCAACAAGCUUUAGCUUCAGGUUUAGAGAGAGAAGCUACUUCUUGUUGAGAACUAUUCCAAAUGCUGGAUCCAGUUUACUGACUCUCCCCCCACCCCCCAACCUUGAACCUACUUACUGGUGCCGAAAAUGGCAUUGAUGGUUGUCGUUUUCCAAACUUCCAGCUGAGCUAUAGUCCUUCAAACACAGGCAUAGCAGUCUAGAUUAAAACAGGGAUAGGGAUAAGGCUUAAUCUUUAAGGCUUUGGAGGAGGAAAAAAACCACUAAGGUAUUACCUGUAUUUUAAGUUGCUUCCCAUAAUUAAUAACUAAAACCUGAACCCUUCCUGAAAAAGUCCCCCCUUCUAUUGUUUGUUUGUUGUGGUCCCAAAUGGAAUUGUUCGCAUGAAUUGUUUGGAGGAAUAAAGACAAGGAAGGAAAAUAGAAUGGUGAGGGUCUGUGAGCUAGAAUGAGAGAUACACAAUUUCAAAAAGCAAACAAAUCAUUGGAAUCCAGUUCACUACUAACUCCCUUGCUUGUGCAUAAGCAUUCUAUGUUAUUAAAAGGGAAGUUAUGAGAGGUUGGAUAACGGAGGUUAUUCUGAUGGGAAAUCCAGGAAAUGGUGGUACCCUGAGGAGGGAGAUCUUAGCUCUUUUCCAUAGAGUGGGGAAGAUACUUUGGGAACAUAUUCAUGACCAGUUGAUUGUACCUGCCAGAAGAAGUCAUCUGGGCCUGUUGGGUUGGUGUCACAUCAGGGGAUUAUGCAUUCAGCCCCUGGCCCCUCUUUGAAAGAUUAAUUCUUCUUUGCUGAAGCUUCUCAAGAAAAUAGUAAGUGGCUUCAUUUAAAAAAAAAAAAUUAAUUUUUGCUUAGAGGAAGCACUGGUGAUAAUGCCCUCUGAGUUUUGGUGGUUUUUGUUGUUCAUUUUCCCUAAAGGAAAAAUGCCCUUAAGAGAUUAAAGCUGCUUAAGUAAUUGCUGUAUGAUUACAAACCGACUAAAAUAGGAAGGCGCCACUGUGCUGGACUGGUGAAGCUGAUGACCGAAGGCUGUGCUGUUGCCCUUUCUGUUCCAUAUGACAGACAUUUCCUGAGCCUCGAACUUGUGCCAACCCUGCGCGGGGUCAUGGAGAUACAAAGAUAAAAAGGACAUUCCCUACUCUUGAGUUCAAUGUCUAAUGAAAUGUAUUUGAAUGUAUGUGUGGCUGGAGAGUUUGUUGAAAGGCUUCUUUCAUAGCGAUGAUCUUAGGAUGCUAUGUGGCACCCAGUAGGCGGCCUUGAACAUUUUCGAUACCCCGAUCAGUAUUUGUGAACUUGAUUGCAACCCUCAUUUCCAUUUCCUCAGUUUUACCAGAAGAGAAUGAGGUGGAAGGGAGAAAAAUUGAAGGCUGGAUCAUAAUCAUAAAAUGUUUGGAAUGAAUAAAGUCAGACUUCGCCCUUAUUACCCCCUUUUCUUUUUUAAGAUAGGAGGAACAUGAAAUCCAAUGUCCUGUGCCCUGUUUACUACUGUAAACAGAAGGAUCUAAGUAAAUAGACUUUUAAGUUAUACACCCACGAUUUGCUAGUAAGAGGGACACCCAAAUGAUUUAGGAGGCUUUCAACAGGUUUUUUUUUCUUUCUUUCUUUCUUUUUUUUUGGUUGGAAUUAAGAUGGACCUAUAGUCCCUAAUAUACACCUGGUAGGGAAAAACCCCUAUAGUAUGAGUAAUGCAAAUAUGUCAUCUUGGGAAGUGAUAUAUUUUGAUUGGAAUAUCAUUUUAAUGGUCACAGGUAACAACUAGCCAACACUUCAUUUCCCUUUGAAAAUCAAGUACUUUCUUAGGGACUUCAGUCUUCUCAACCAGUCUUUUCCUCAUCAGCCUGUAGAGUGGUCUUUCUGGCCUGGUAUUUUGAAGUGAGCAUAAACUGCUUAUGAGUUUUAUGACACAAUGAGAAAAGCCUGCUUUUGAGGGGAAGGAGGAGGGGUAGAGGGGAGAUUUCUAGGAAAUAGAGGCUGCUGAACAGAUUUUCUUCAAAGAUCAAGAAUUGCAUCUUUGCCCGUGAUUGUCACAUGCGGUAACUUCCUGAAGAAGAUUGUUCUACAGAGAAGGACUUCACACUUGCAGGGUCACCAGUGUGGAAGCUGGUUAAAUUGAAUGAAGGAAAAGUGCCGAGACUGUGCACAUUGUUCAUGCAUUAUCAGUGUUCUUUUUCUUCCUUAGAAAGAAAUUCACACAUUUGCUUUGUGAGUAAAUGCUUCCUUCACGUCUGUAAGUGUGGGAGGCAACCUCCAACCUGGGGCAUGCUCCACAUUUUCUGGUGUCUCAAAUUAAGAACUGGUUGGACAAAGCCAAGGUAAAGCCAAGUUUGUUCAUCUUCCUUUCCUCUCAACAUAGGGGGAAAACAGGCAAUGCACUCCUCAAAGACCCAGCCCUCAGAGCUCAAGGGUAGUUUUGGGCACUGGCUCUGGAUGGCAGCAGUCAGAUCUCCCAAUUUGUUCUGCCUGCUUUCCACACCGUGCCAACGGAUGGCAGCAGUGGUUUCAACCCUCAGCCUCUGGCAAAACACUUAAAGCCUAGUGAGAGGAGAACUACGCAAGGGGAAAAUCUUGUCUUAAAUGCCAACGAAUGCAUUUUUCCCCCUGAUAAUGCUGUUUACUUUCAACUCUGUACAAACACGGUUUUCCUUAGGGCCUCUCCUCCUCCCACCUAGAAAUAGAAAAUGGACUGUAUACUCAUUUCAUUGAACCUGCUGUCUGCGUUAGAAUUGGAGAAGGGGCCUGGGUCCUGAUGGGCUGGGUCCUGCCUCUCCUGACUGCCUCUUCUCCAGCUCAUCAUAAAGAGCAUUUUGACAAAGAUAAGAGGACUCAGAACAGGGCGUGCCCUCAGGGAUGCUUCUGCCAACAAGGAAAUGUCAUGAAAUCAAAUGGGAUGAUGUGUUGUUUAUUAAAACAAUACCAAAGUGCACUCUUUAAUGUAUAUUUGCCUGCUUGAGGAGAGGCCCAAGUUGAGAAUACAGUAAAGCAAACUCAUGAAUAUGAAUGUUCUUUCUCUAGUCAAAGUCUUAUCCCUGGGCUAAGCUUAGACUAUGGGUGGUGUGUGAUCUUUGGUGCUAUCUUUGCUCUGGGAGAUGUCCCAUGUUGUAGUGACUUGCUUUGGCAUUCAGAAUGAUGAGAAGUUGGGAGGUGGGAUGGGAUUUCCAUGGUGUAUAGCUGUGUCUUUUUGAGUUCUAAGUUUUUUCAAUUUACACCUAUCAUUCUCAUAUUUAACAAGUCAUACUUCUGAGGCACCAGGAAAGAGUUCUGAGUAAAGAGCAGAUGUACAGGAUGACACUGUCCUUGUCUUUAGGGCUGUACCAGGAAAUCUAUUUCUUUUUUUUUAAUACCCUCAUUUGAGACCGUUGUUCAGAAUUCAUCACAAUCCUCUUGGUGUCAGUAUCCUACCCAACAGAACAAAUGUUUCCAUGUAAACAUGUAAAGCCAGUUUGAAAGACUAAUAGUCAUACACUUAAUCAGCGCUUGUUUUGGGUGGAGGGCUUUGAAAUCAUUUUGUACAACCUCUUCAAGAGAAGAGCUGUUAAAAUAAUCAGCAGGAAACAAUAGACUGGUUGGCGAUAAUGAGAAUACGACGUCAUUGUUUCUUGGGCCCUAAAGUGACAGAUUGUACUCCACAUACCCUUAGUAAUUCUCUUAUAGCUUGAAAUCUCCACACAACUCUCCAUAGUGGUUGGACCAGUUUGCACUCCCACCAACAGUGCAGGAGAGUUCCUUUUUCUCCACAUUCUCGCCAACAUUUGUUGUUGCUAGUUUUUUUAAUAUGUGCCAUUCUCACUAGUGUGAGAUAGUAUCUCAUUGUAGUUUUGAUUUGCAUUUCCCUGAUUACAAGUGAUGUUGAACAUUUUUUCAUAUGCCUGUUGGCCAUUUGCAUUUCCUCUUCAGAGAGAUUUCUUGACCUACUAAACAUAGAGCUUCCAUAUGAUCCAGCAAUUCCACUCCUAAGUAUUUACCCAAAGAACACAGAAACAUCAAUUCCAAAGAGCACCUGCACCCCUAUGUUUAUAGCAGCACUGUUUACAAUAGC